UUUUCUUCAAAAAGGUUCUAGACAUAUAAAAUACUUAAAGCGGUGCCAGAAGUCCAAACAUCGUCAGAGUUGUGUUGCUGGCAUCUUUACCUUCACCUUCACCUUCAUCUUCAUCUUCAUCUUCAUUGAGAGAAAUUAGAUCCAGAAUGAGUGAUGGACCGAGCUCUGAACUGUUCACUGAUAUUAGAAGGAUUAUUGAGGGGAUGGAGUGGGAGGAGGUGGUCUCCAUGCUGAUGGAGGUCAUCGAGGCUGAGCUGAGUCAAGCACCACCUGCUGAACCUCCAGCUCCUCAGCUCAGCCUUGGUGGGUCUCAGAACCUCCCCAAUGCAUCGUGGUUCCAUCCUCUGCCUCCUGGCAGCAUGCAGGGACAGGAGGCCAACGCUCCACACUUGAUCAUCUACCCGAUGUAUGUGGUCCAUCCUCCUUCCACAGUCCAGCAGGUCCACCAGCCUCCUGCUCCUCUGAGCUGCUGCAGCUCGCCAAGCAACCAGGAAUACGUUAAGAAGCCUCCCAAUGCCUUCAUGCUCUAUUUAAAGGAGCAGAGGGCAAAGGUCAAAGCAGAGCUGAACAUCACCAACAGCUCAGCUCUGAACAAAGUCCUGGGUGACAGGUGGACGUCUCUGUCUCCUGACAACAAGGAGAAGUACUUCCAGGAGGCCCACCAGGAGAGAAAGCUGUUCCAACAGAGGCAUCCUGGGUGGAGCAGCGCUCAAAACUAUGGAAAGAGAAAGAGGAAAAGGACUGCUGCUGCUGCUGCUGCUGCCGCUCCCCCUUACGCCAGAGGUGAAGAGUCUGGACCUGGAAACCUUCACCAGGCCAAGAGGCCAUGCAGAAGGCCAGAAAACUCAGGCUCCGCCCCUCCUCCUCCACUGUUCUCAAAGACUUAAAACUAAUGUUUUUGUACAAAGUUCAGUCAUUUUUGUAGAUAGUUCUUUAUUCAAGCUUAUUUUUAGAAGCUGCUUGUUAACAGCUUAACACUUUAUUGAGAAUUGUUGUUUAUCUUUUGAUAUUUCAUUACAUUGUUAUUUAUAACUGUUCUGUUGUUGUGGUCUUCUUUUAAAAAGACUUUGUGAAUUAUUAAAAAUUAAUUUUGUAAAAAAGAA